UUUGGAUUGUACUCGUAUAAAAGGCUUACAGACACAGCACACAUGUUGUGAUUUCAGAUCUAUUGUAGUUCGUCGAGAGUUCGUGUGGGUAAAAAGUCUGCUUUCUCAGUCACCUUUUCAAAUUAUAGGAAUUCUUCUUUUGAAACCUACCCUUCUGAGUCAUGCCUCUCAUCCUGUACUACUUUGAGGCCAGCCCUCCAGUCCGCUCCGUUGACCUGGUCAUCCAUGCUCUUGGAAUCAAUGAUGAGCACAAGUGCAUGGAUAUUCCAAAGAAGGAGCAAAUGACUCCUGAGUUUUUGAAGAUUAAUCCGCUUCAUACAGUUCCCGCGAUUGAUGACGACGGAUAUAAUCUCGGGGGAAGCCAAGCUAUUGCCACUUACCUGGCGGAUAAGUACGGACAGGAUGACUCUCUUUACCCGAAGGAUCUUCAGAAAAGAGGAAUCGUAGAUCAAAUGCUUUUCUACAGCGAAGAUGUUUUCUGUUUGUCAAAAGAUAUCUUGGCGCCCCUACUACACGACGGGAUCCAGCCUACACCGGAAAUGCUAGGAAAAGUUAAAGAAGUCCAAGGCAAUGUGGAGAGACUGUUAACAGGCCGUGACUUCAUCGCAGGAGACAAUCUGACUUUAGCCGACUUCAGUUUUAUUACUACAGUUGAUGUAUUCGAGUUGUUCUGUCCAACCGGAAACAAGUAUCCCCUGACUAAAGAGUGGGUAAGGCGCUGCAAGACUACCAUGAAAGACUUUGACAAGACCAACAAGAAAGGAGCUGAUUUGAUACUCGGGCUUAUUAAGAAUGCUCUGACCAAUUAAAAGUGUGGUAUAGAAGAGGCAGGUGUAUUAUUACAAGUUCUAAAACUCAAGAUUCUCUUUAACUGUUAUUUUGCAUAACAAAUGGAACAUGAAAAAUGUGAGCAGUAUUACAAUUAAAAAUUGUUUGUUCUAAAAUUCGAACAAUUAUCAUAUUAAAAAUGAGCUGUUGCAGAAUUCACUUUAAGGUUCAUGC